AUGAAAGAACGACGAAAAUCCUUGGGAGCAAUGCUGGAUCCAGCUGAACUCGAACAAAUGUACCUAGAAAGUGAUCGUUUUUGGGAAAGCCCAGAUGAUGACACAAAGGGAACAGCUACUGGAAAUGCUGAAAUUGAUAUGUGUCUACGAUAUCAUUUGUCAAGAGUGUCGAGAUGUUUGCAGAUCCUGCAAUCCAUUUCCUCAGACUCUCCUUUGGUUUACAAAUCAACUGAAACUCUAAAAAGAUUGGAGGUGGAAACGGUGACAUUGGACGAUUUGCUACGAUUAGCAAAUACUGUGCCAGCAGUGCCAAAUGUGGCUAAUGUCCUAGCCGAAAUUGGUGCUGACCCAUCAUUGCAAGAGAUUUGGCUUUCUGCUUGCUAUCCACUUCACACUCAACUGAUUGCACCAAGAGAUGAUCUUCGCACUCAAAUUAAACUUAAUAUCGCACACAUUGUUGAACAAAAUUACCCACAUCUUGUUAAUAGAGUCGCGGAUUCAAUUAUUCGACUAAUGGCCGAUUCGACACAAGAGGAGAUGAAAUUCGUUACAGUGUUCCAUUUUGUUGGCGUAUUUAGAGGACGACAUUUUGAGUCUUAUGUCGAGAAUCUAGGCCAUGAUGGUUAG